UGUGGCUACCCGUUGCGCUGGUCUCCUCCCAGACAGGAGCUGGGCCAGUGGACGAUGGAGGUAACGAUGCUGCUGCUGCUGCUGGAGUUGGUUCUGUACGCCAGCUGUUUCGUCUGCGGGAUUGUCGCCGCUGCAGCCGUCACCAUAGUGCAGGGUGACUUUGGAGGUCGGUGCAUGCUGUAUGGACUGGUUAACUCCAGUGCAACAACAAGCGUCAUCGGAGUCCUGUCCUCCAGCUCCCAGUCCCUGUGUUACUUUGUGUCGGCCAUAUCGGUCCUGGUAGCAGUGGUGUGUGUCUCACUGUCUCUGUACUGGCUGUACGCUUUCUGCAUUAAUAGUGAAAUCUCAAGGGGGCGCGUAUGGCUGAACAUGAUCGUGGCCAUGUGCGGCGUCUUCCUGUUCUUCCUGCUCAUCACGGGGUGCAUACUGAAGAUCGGACGUGACUCGCUCUGCAACUCGAUCUUGAACAACGUUCAUAACAUUACCAGAUGCGAGGACGCCCAGACUAAACAGUGGGUCAGUCCAGUUAAAGGAGGACGGUUCUACAGCAGCCUGUACAAAGCUGAGACCUCAGUGUGGGUCAACUUCUUCUUCUGGCUCAUCAUCGGAGUCCUGGUCAUCAUUCAGAGGCGUCAGAGUUCGGGGUCGAAGGCGAUCGUGGGAGGCUACGGCGGACCGGCCGGGGGGCUUUUCGGCGAUCCUGGGGUGACGGCUGCAGAGACGGAGCCGUUUUUCAACCGUCCUGCGAGGCCGCAGUGAGGACGAGUGCAACAGAUGCCUUACGAAGACACAUACUUUAGCACAUCACGACACAUAAUGUGGGAGUAGAUGUGGGAAAAGGGUAAAUACAUUUAGUGUACACUUCCCUCUCUUUCAGGUAUUCUAGUGAACACUAACAUAUUUAUUGAGAAAAACUGAUAACAGUAAUUUGUUGUCGUAUUGUCAUAAGCCACAGAUACAGUUAAAGUAUUGCUCCUUGACGAGGAUGAGGUUCAAACCCACACGCAGAGCACAAUGGAUUGACAGCCCGUCACCUUAACUGCUCAGCCACCUCGUCACAUAAGGGAAAACGUGAGUCUGUCAGGGCCAGGGCUGCGAGGGUGAGUCCAUUGGCCUUCAGUUGUACAGAUGAAACGGUUAAUCGAUUAAUCGACAGUGAAUAUAAUCAACUGCAGCGUUAGUCAGGGCGUAUCUGAGGCAGGCUGACCACAUAAUCCAAAGAUUGCAUUGUUCAUGCCUUUGCAUGCAUUUAUCCAUUUCCCACAUUUACUCACAUAUCAAAGCCAUUAUAAAUGACCUCUGGAUCAUGCAGAAAUGUGUAUUUGUUCAUACAUUAAGUGCGUUAAGUGCGUCAAAUUUGUGUUGUUAGAUUUUUGUUUACAAGCAAGAAAUGGGAGAAUGUUUAUUGCAGACAUUCAUUUUUUUAUUUAAUCGGCGUGUUGAAAUGUUGAAUUUUUGAUAUUUCCUUUGUAAAAACACAUUUUCACUCAUUUUACAAAUGAAUAACUACCGUCCUCAAAAGCUGUUUUAUCGAACCCUUUGAACAGUUGGUAGCGUGAGCUUCUGCUCUGCGCCCACUAGUUUUAUUUCUCGAGGGUUGUCUUCAUUCUUUAUUCAUGAUGAGUUAUUGCAUUCAACACUCAUGCCAAACUGUGAACAGAAGCACUCUAACGUAACAACCUGCUACAGCUUGAAAUAACAGGAAUAACAUUAGAUUGAAUUAUGCUACAAAUAAUUUAAAUGGAUUUUAAUUUUUAGGUAUGCCAUAUGUGCUCCCAGCUUAGCAUUUAUGUCUAAUGUCCAGUUUAGGUUCAUUCAAAUAGUUCAGUCUGAUCCUGUGUUUGGUAUAUUACACCUGGAGAGAUAAUGUCAUAUAUAACUGAUAUGUUGAACUAUGUCUCCCUCUGCUGGUUGAGUCAAUUCUCUGUCAUUUAAAAAUUACAAAGGUGACAUGUUUAUAAGUAUUUGGAAAAAGUUGUGUGAUGCAUCAUAAUUGUAUUACUGUGGCUGUUCAACUUAAUCUCUUGAUAAUCAGGUCCUCUGCCACACUGCUGCGUGGCAAUGAACCUGUGGUCUUUUGAAUAUGUUUAUUCCCAUCUUUACAUCUCUUCCUUCACAAACUGAGUGCCAUCCCGUCUGAGCAAUAAACAGCGCUUAUUUAAAACAAAA